ACAAAAUGGUUAAAAGGACGCGUAAAGAUAGUAAAUUAGAUGAUGAUGAAGAAGUGCAUGCACUACCACCAUCUAUGAACGCUGGAGAACCGCUUGUAUCAUCCUACAGCUAUCACUCAGAUGUCCCAGAAACCCUCCUCAAUAACAAAGUAAUGAUGGGAGUUGAUGAGGCAGGCAGAGGUCCAGUUUUAGGUCCACUUGUUUACGGUAUUGCAUAUUGUAAUCUCGAUUAUGAAGAUACACUCAAAGAUGUUGGAUUCGCAGAUUCGAAAGCUCUCACAGCAGAAUCACGUCAAACGCUUCUCGAUAAGCUUAUUUCACUCUCAGAUCAACUCGCUUGGUCAGUUCGCGUGAUGUCUCCUCAAGAUAUCAGCGCAGGAAUGCUUAAGAAAGUUCCAUAUAAUCUCAAUGCACAAUCACACGAUGCUACAUUCUCAUUAAUCAAUGAUGUUAUAGCCAAAGGUGUGCAAUUAGAACAUGUAUAUGUUGAUACAGUUGGACCAGCUAAAUCCUAUCAGGCGAAACUAGAAGCCGCAUUCCCUUCUAUCGGCUUUACAGUCGCGUCGAAAGCUGAUUCAUUGUUCCCAAUUGUUUCAGCAGCUUCCAUAGCGGCUAAAGUAACCAGAGAUGCAAUUAUCGACAAUUGGUCCUUCUUGGAACCUAUUAGUAACGCGAUUAGCUCCUCAAAGAAGCUCAAGAAUGAGGAUUCUUCAGUUGAUGUCUCAGAACAGCAACCCGAGAAGAUGAAAUUAGGCAGUGGAUAUCCAGGUGAUCCAAACACCGUCGCUUGGCUUAAAAACAACCUCGAUGAUGUCUUUGGGUUACCACAAUUGGCCAGAUUUAGUUGGUCGACAGUCAAGAACCUACUAGAAUCGAAUGCCCAUCAAGUUACCUGGAUGGAUGAGGAUGAAAAUGUCUACAAGUCUCAACUUAGCGAUGCACCUCCAUCGUUAAAGAAGUUAGGCGUACAACCAAUUUCCUCUCUUUAAUUGUAAUUCUAGAAGUAUGCGUCUAUGCAUAAAUAAUAAUGUAUAUCUACAAUUUCUUUGUAUACCAAAAAGAUGAAAUAAAAAUUACGAUAGAUAAGCUAACGAACAGCGUGGUUGCCAUUACCAGCGUCUCAUGUUACCACCAGAGUAGCUGUUAGCACCACUGCUGAAUCCGCCGCCGCCUCUGCCGUAACCGC